AGAGAGAGGGAUGUUGGUGUUUACUUCGGGAGGGAGAGAGAGAGGGAGACAGGUGUGUGUGUGUGUGUGUGUGUGUGUGUGCGUGUGUGUGUGUGUGUGUGUCUGUGUGUGUGUGUGUGUGUGUGUGUCUGUGUGUGUGUGUGUGUGUGUGUGUGUCUGUGUGUGUGUGUGUGUGUGUGUGUGUGUGUGUGUGUGUGUGUGUGUGUGUGUGUCUGUGUGUGUGUGUGUGUGUGUCUGUGUCUGUGUGUGUCUGUGUGUGUGUGUGUGGUCAGGUGUUUCAUUUAGUUUCAUUUAUUAGGGUAUUGCAUGCAGCAGCUGAUCUUCCUGUGUUUUUUGGUUUCAAUACCUUUCUCAAUUGUGAAAAAACCACAGGUCCCUCCAGCCAUGACCCACACCUCCUCCUCUGUUCCCUUGCUAGCCUCCACUCUGAGUGACAUCACUGGAGUUUCCCUUGGCAGCGAGAUUUAUAUAACAGCAACAGUGAGAGUAUCAGUCAAUCAAUCAGCAGGCCUGUCACUACCUACUACCUUCAAAACACAGUCAACCUCUAAUACCACUGUGGGAACUUAGCUACUGAAGUUAUUCUAAGUUUACCAACUUGUAUACCUAUCGCAAACCAGCUUGAUUGACAUUGGAGCUCCAGGCUUCUCUUGGAUACUAAGGACAUUGACGGAAGGUUCUACUAUACGAUGGCAGGUGAUUGCAGCAGAGUGAUGUUAGACGUGGAGAGUGGCCCUGUGUACCCAGCAACGACCGUGACCCUGGUACGGGAGAAGUCCACACACCGGUGGAGGCUGUGUGGUGCCCUGCUGGCCAUGGCAUUGUGUGUCUCAGCUGCACUCUUCGUUACCUGGCACGCCAAGAGACAAGAUCAGGUCGAGGAAGUUGAUGAACUUCAGCAUACACUGAGACAACUCUCUGUAAACAGAAAGGCUGCCAUUCAUCUAGAAGGUGAGUACAACUGCAGUGGAAAAUACAAGACCACAGUGGAGUGGACAGACAAUGAGGGCCAGGGAAUCUCACAGGGGGGUCUUAACCUCAACAACAACGAGAUUGUGAUCCCCCAGCCGGGCCUAUACUUCGUCUACAGCCAGGUCUCUUUCCGCGUCAGCUGCAAGGCCGACCCCAAGCACCCUAACAACCAGGAGAUGGUUCACCUGAGUAACACGGUCACGCGCUGGUCCCCAAGCUACGGCACCGAAGACAACAAGGAGUACCUGAUGCUGCUCAACUCUGUACGCACCGUGUGUAAGAAGUCUUCCAACAGCGAGGCGAGCGAAGGACAGUGGUAUAAUGCAGUGUAUGUGGGAGCCGUGUUCAACCUGGAGAAGGGAGACAGGCUCCGGACAGUCACAGAGAACAGGCUUCUGCCGCAUCUGGAGAGUGGCGCUGGGAAAAACUUCUUUGGCGUGUUCGCCUUGUGAGACGGACGAAAAUGGCAUGACAAUAGAGAGGAAGGCUACGUCCCAAAUCACCCUAUACUUUAACUAGCGGUGCACUAUAUAGGGUGCAGUUUGGGACGUAGCCUCAGUGUAAGGGGGAAAAGGUUCAUACAGUAGGAGGGGUUAAACAGCUAAAUCCAUGAA